AUGUUCGAGAUUGACGGCUGUACGGACUGGUCGGUGGACUACCUGAAGUACCGUGUGUUGAAGGGGGAGCCGGUGAGGCUGAAGUGUGCCCUGUUCUACGGCUACAUCAGAGCCAACUACAGCCAGGCUCAGAGCGUCGGCCUCAGCCUCAUGUGGUACCGCAGCUCUGGCCUGGGCCACGGAGACUUUGAGGAGCCCAUCUCCUUCAACGGCGUGCACAUGAGCAAGGAGGAGGACGCCAUCUGGUUCAGACCGGCCGACCUGCAGGACGUGGGCCUCUACUCCUGUGUGCUACGGAAUUCAAGCUACUGUAUGAAGGUAUCCAUGUCUCUUUAUGUGGCUGAGAACGACACAGACCUGUGCUACAACUCUGUGAUGAGACACAUGGAGAAGGCGGAACUCAGCAAGAGCAAAGACAUCACCUGUCCAGACAUAGAGGACUACACAGAACCUGGGAAAGACCCCUAUAUCACCUGGUUCAAGGAGUGUCGUCCAAAGCAGUGGCGGGCCUCCAUCCUCCAGAGGAGAGAUACAUUGUCCAUCAGAGAGGUCAAGGAAGACGACAUCGGCAACUACACCUGUGAGGUCACCUUCGGUGGCUUCGUGGUGCGCAGGACCACCGAGCUCACGGUCACAGCCCCUCUGACUGACAAGCCACCGAAGAUCCUUUAUCCUUCUGAGAACAAGAUCAGCAACAUGGAGCUACAGCUAGGAAGUGCCCUGAACCUGACGUGCAGAGCGUUCUUCGGCUACAGCGGGUCAGCGGUCAGUCCUCUCGUCUACUGGAUGAAGGGAGAGAAGUUCAUCGAGGACCUGGAUGAGGAGCGAGUCGAAGAGAGUGAAAUCAAGGUGGUCCGGGAGCACCUGGGGGAACAGGAAGUGGCCAUCUCCUUGAUGAUCCACUCGGUGGAAGAGGGGGACCUGGGGAACUACUCCUGCUAUGUGGAGAAUGGCAACGGGAGACGGCAGGCCACCAUCCAACUCUCCAGAAGGGAGCUGAUGUACAUGGUAGAGUUGGCAGGUGGUUUGGGCACCAUUCUGCUGCUGCUGCUCUUCCUCAUCUCUCUGUAUAAGUGUUAUAAGAUUGAGCUCAUGCUCUUCUACAGGAGAAACUUCGGCAGCGACGACCUGGAUGGAGAUAAUAAGGACUAUGAUGCAUAUCUGUCCUACACUAAAGUAGACCCUGACCAGUGGAGUCAGGAGACCAAGGAGGAGGAGCGUUUUGCCCUGGAGAUCCUCCCUGACGUUCUGGAGAAACACUACGGGUACAAACUCUUCAUCCCAGACAGAGACCUCAUCCCCACAGGAACCUACAUCGAGGACGUGGCGCGCUGUGUGGACCAAUCCAAGCGCCUCAUCAUCGUCAUGACGCCCAACUACGUGGUGCGGCGGGGGUGGAGCAUCUUUGAGCUGGAGACACGCCUCCGCAACAUGUUGGUCACCGGGGAGAUCAAGGUGAUUCUGAUCGAGUGUGCCGAGCUGCGUGGCAUCAUGAACUACCAAGAGGUGGAGGCCCUCAAACACACCAUCAAGACCCUCACCGUCAUCAAGUGGCGUGGCCCCAAGAGCAACAAGCUCAGCUCCAAGUUCUGGAAGCAACUGCAGUAUGAGAUGCCCUUCUGCCGCACCGAACCCAUGCUGAGCCAUGAGCCGGCGCUGGACGUCAGCGAGCAGGGCCCCUUCGGCGAGCUCCAGACCGUCUCCGCCAUCUCCAUGGCAGCAGCCACCUCCACCGCCAUGGCCACGGCGCACCCGGAACUCCGCUCGUCCUUCCACAACUCCUACCACACCACCAUGCGGCAGAAACACUACUACCGCAGCUACGAGUACGACCUGCCGCCGGGGGGCACGCUACCGCCAUUGCCGUCACUAGGCAACCAGCACACCUACUGCAACAUCCCGCUGACGAUGCUGAAUGGACAGAGGCCGCCAGCGGGGAAGAGCCGCGAGCACAGUGUGGAGGAGGACCACACUAACCACACCAUGCUGCCGCUGUUGCCCAGGGAGACCAGCAUCUCCAGCGUCAUCUGGUGA